AUGUGGGGUGAGGCAGGGGGACUGUCCUCUCCUCGCCUUUUCAACCUAUAUAUAAACGACCUUCUCGAGGAGCUCAGCAGCUCCGGCGUCGGCUGUUCUAUAGAUGGAAAGUUUGUUAAUAAUAUCAGUUACGCCGACGACAUGGUGCUGUUGUGUCCCUCGGUAAGGGCUCUUCAGAUGUUAGUGGAUAUCUGUGAGAGGUACGCGGCGGCCCAUGGACUAAGGUACAACGUUAAAAAAAGUGAAAUUCUCGUUUUCAAGGCUGGGACUAAAAAACUGGGAGCAGUCCCACCAGUAAAACUGCUUGGAAUCCCCUUGAACAAGGUCACCAAGUUUAAGUACCUUGGUCACUGGGUUACCGAGACCCUCUCCGAUGACACAGACAUCGAGCACUUUUUACACCUGCAGCCUAUGGACCAACUACACUCGAAAAACCAUCAAAGCCUAAGAGUCCAGUACAAUAACGCCUUCACUGCUGUUGGGGCUGCCUCGCUGGUGCAGUGCGUCACGCAUGUUUCUAGAGGCCAACAGGGAUGGCUUUACAACAAUACUGCGGAAACGUGUUGCCUCCCUGAUGCGCAGAGUACGAGAGAGUACUAA